AUGGCACACCAAAGUCUACCGAAAUAUACGACGAGUACUACCGUCGUGGAGGGAUACACUCGGAUCAAGAAUGUUUACAUCAAACUCCGCGACGGGGUCGAACUAUGUGCCGACAUCUUCCUGCCGCUUUCGGCGUCUGAGCAAGGCAGCAAGGUCCCUGUAAUCGUCAAUGUAGGCCCGUAUGGUAAGGACAUACCUGUCCUUGAAUUCGGCCUGCCCAAAACCGACAUGUAUGUCAACAUGUACAAGCUCAUCAAGCCGCUGGGACCCGAUGCUUCCUUUGAGCUGUUGGAUCCUAUUCUUUGGACAAAACAGUACGGGUAUGCCCUUGUGAGAGUGGACAGCCGUGGCAUUGGCGGCAGUCAGGGACGUCUUGAUCCCUUCGGAAUGGAACACCUGUACGAUGUGAUCGAGUGGGCUGGCGUACAGCCUUGGUGCUCCGGCAAGGUAGCGGUGAGCGGCAUCAGUUACUAUGGCAUGACGGGAUACUGGGCUGCCAUGCAGCAGCCUCCACACCUAGCUGCCGUGGUCACCUACGAGUCCGCAGUCGACCUCUACCAGGCAGCUCGGAAAGGUGGGAUUCUCGGUGCUAAUUUCCAAGUUCACUGGUAUAACAACACUGUUAUCCCCCACCAAUCUGGCAGUGGCACACUCUCCGCUGAGGAGCUCGCCGCGAACCGUACUGAUUAUCCUGGUCUUGUCGCAAAGCACGAGUACCCAGACGGCGACUCGUGGCGCAUCCUCAAGGAACUCCGGAAACUCUCUGAUAUCGAGGUCCCCAUCUACAUUUCGGGCAACUGGACGGAUAGCGAGGUCCACUUGCCCGGCAAUAUCCGCGCCUACAACGGAGUCUCCUCCGAGCACAAGUGGCUAGAGAUGCACACGGGUAAUCACCUGGCUUUCUACUACGACGCGGACCACAUGGCACGUCAAAGAAGCUUUUUGGACUUCUUUGUGAAGGGAGACGAGAAAUCCGGUAUUCUCUCCAUGCCACGCAUUCGACUCAUCACUCAUCACGGUGACCAAACCCUCUACCGCGAAGAACAGGCAUUUCCGCCUCCUGAUGCCGAGGACGUCUCUCUUUACCUGACGCCCUCUCAAACACUCAGCCUCGCAGGACCGCCAACAGCUAGCAAGAAGAAAUUCGAGUACCCAGGCCUUACAGGUACCUUGACAUUCGAGCUCGAAUCUCCGUUCACCGAGCCCUUCGAGAUUCUCGGGACACCGUACGUUGAGCUCGAAGUAGCCACGGAAGCUGAGGACCAGGAUAUCUUCUUGACUCUACGCGCCCUCAACAACGUUGGCAAGCCGAUGCUCCUUGAGGGAAACCACAGCGAGGUGAAUGAGCAUUUCGCCAAGGGGUACUGGCGACUCUCGCACCGCGACGAAGUCGACGCGGGUUUCAGAGAUCAGAAGGACAAGGUGCCCAAGCAGCCGGUUGUUCCUAGGUCGCCGGUCGAGAAGGGUAAAGUGUACAGUGUUACCAUCCCCUUCCUGCCAGCCGCAUUCCUGUUCGAUCGGGGCCAGAAGCUGUCGCUGGAGAUUGGGGCACAGGACACACUUAGUACGAUCCCGCCUAUGCGACAUGACGGGGGGGAUAGGGAGCCGGGUAGAUUUGGUGGGAAGAACAUAAUCUUUUCAAAUGGACGGCUGGUCCUCCCGAGAGUCAGGAGGACUGUACCGUGA